ACAGCUUUUCCAGGUCUUGGCAGAGAAAGGGCCACCCACCCCUGUCUUUACCUUCCUGGGGGUACAAAGAGCCGAUUGUUUCCGUUGCUGACCCCUACCCAGCUGGUCACAGCCCAGAGCCCUGAGGACACCUCCACUCCAAGAAUGUCUCACUUCUGAGAAAGUUCCAGGCUGCCCCCCACCUUGCCAUCUCCAACCCCCCACUGUUUCCCCCCCAUCUAGCUCCCAGAGCCAGCAUAUGCCCCCCCAACCCGAGACAACACUGACGCUCUAUACUGUUUGCCAAGCCCCAAGACUCCACGGUGCCCAGGCCAGCUGGGCAGGGCCAGUGCCUGGUCAGCCACCAAUAUCAGGUACUGGUCCCCAAGAUUGUUAAACAAGGCCAAACACUCCUGCCCCCAAGAGGAUGGGACGGAAAAAGAAAAAGUUUUCACAGCCGUGAAAUGGAGAGUGAGGUGGUCUCUCGGUGUUCUUCCAAGGUCACUGAGAGCCCAGAGGAGCCCCUGAACACUUCACAGAGUGUGGAAUCUGUCACCAGCCACCUGUCUCCCCCUAAGAAGGAGACCAUCAUGGUCACUCUCCACGGGGCCACCAACCUACCCACCUGCAAGGAUGGCUCUGAGCCGUGGCCAUACGUGGUAGUGGAAACCACAUCUGAGGAUGUGAAGGAACAGAACGCCAAGGCAGUCACGUCUGUGACCACAGAGCCCACCAUAGCCCCCAUCUGGGGGGACACGGUCAAAGUGGAGCUCCAAACUGAGGAUGCGGGACAAGAAGAUAUGGUCCUCAAGGUGAUGGACAAUAAAAAUAAAGAGGAGCUAUUGUCCUACCAAAUCCCCAUCAAAUACCUGAGUCUCUUCCACCCCUACCACUUUGAGCUGGUGAAGCCCACCCAGUCUGGGAAAGCUGAGGAAGCCACUGCCAAGACCCAACUGUAUGUGACCAUCGUUAGGAAAGGCAGUUUCUUCCACCGUGACAUCGGCAGCAACCACACAGCUCUGGAGGUCUUUCUCCGGGGAAUCAACGAGCCCCUGGUCAACAACUCUGACCCCAUGGUGGUCAUUGCCAGGGUGGUUCCCAACUACAGUGAUUUUAAGGUCAAUCAAAUGAAGCAGGACCCAGCCUUCAUGGGGCUGCCCAUCACCCCACUCCCCUUCCCAAUCCCGUCUCUUCUGCACUUGGAUGUUCCUCGGGUCAGCCAGAACGGGUGUCCUCAGCUGUCCAAGCCUGGGGGACCCCCGGAGCUGCCCUCAUGGAAUCAGUCCUUCCUCUUCCAAGGCCGAGACGGAGCCACCAACUUCUCGGAAGACACAGCCCUGGUGCUGGAGUUCUACCCCUCGACUUCCAUGAAAGGCAGUGAGCCGUGGACCCUCAGCAAGCCCCUGGGCAUCUCCGUGUUGCCGCUAAAGAAACGUUUGUACCGCAAGAUGCUGACAGGGAAAGAUCUGAAUGGGCUGCACGUGGAGAGGCUCCCCAUCACUGACACCAAGCUGAAAACCAUAAAUGGUGAGGCCCCCACAGUGGAUAUCUCCUUCCAGCUGCUUUCCUCUGAGAAGCCAGAAAACUUCUUGACACCAAACAACAGCAAGGUUCUGCCCAUCCUAGACCCCAAGAUCUUAGAUGAGAAGCUGGGUACCAUCCAUGCGUCCAACACCCUGGUGAGCUCUACAAUGGACUGUAGCACAUCCACCUCUCAGGAAGCAGAGGAAGAACCUCUGGUGCCCAAGAUGUCCCACGAAAUGGAGGUGAACAACUACCGGCGGGCCAUGCAGAAGAUGGCAGAGGACAUCCUGUCGCUGCGGAAGCAGAUCAGCAUCCUGGAGGCAGAGAACCACACGCUGAGGAGCCAGCUAACCCAGGGGGAGGUGGAAGAGGAGCAGAACGACACCAACAAGAGCCAGAAUCUGGUGUCCAUGAAGCAGAAACUGCUGCUGAGUGAGCUGGACAUGAAGAAGCUGUGGGACAAAGUGCAGCAUUUGCAGAAUGAGCUGAUUCGAAAGAAUGAUCGAGAGAAGGAGCUACUCCUCCUGCACCAGGCUCAGCAGCCACAGGCCGCGCUGCUGAAGCGGUACCAGGACAAGCUGCGGAAGACGAAACUGCUGGAGGAGACUGUGCGGCACCAGGAGAAGGUGAUCGAGAAGAUGGAGCGGGUGCUGGAGGACAAGCUGCGGGACAGGAAGGAGCCCCUGCUCACCAGGCUGCAGGGAAAGCCCGGCGUGGCCUUCCCUGUGCUCUCAGCCUCUGGCCUUCCCCCGGGGCCCGCAAGAGAGAACCUGCCCGUCGACCUGUACUCCGCGCUGCUGGCAGAAAACUCCAGGCUGCGGGCAGAGCUGGAUAAGAACCGCCACCAGUCGGCCCCCAUCAUCCUGCAGCAGCAGGCCCUGCCGGUGGACCCCGGGGAGUUGGGAGCAGGAGGAGACCUGGCAGAGAGACUGCAGGAGACAGAUGGCCCAGGCCACUCCAAGGGCACAGAGACCCUGCCCGUACAGGAUCUCCUUGGCAAUGCUUCAGACAAGUUCAACCUUCUGGCCAAGCUGGAACGAGCUCAGAGCCGGAUCCUAUCCCUGGAAAGCCAGUUAGAGGACUCGGCUCGACGCUGGGGACGAGAGAAGCAGGACUUGGCCACAAGGCUGCAGGAGCAAGAGCACGGCUUGGCGCAACCCUCAAACUCCAUCAUCACUGACCUGCCUCACUACUCGGCCCUCUCCAAGGACAGCAGGCGACCCUCAAAGCUGGACCCCUUGACGCCCAGCUCAGAGACCAAGCUCAACAAGCCCUCAAACUCCCAAAGACCUGAGUCUCAGCAGACCUGAGUGCCGGAGCAGACCUCCCUCUCUGUGUGCUGGGGAGUCUCAUUCCACCCCCCAAAUGACUCCAUUAAA